AUGAAGGAGGACUACCAACAGGAGGCGAUAAUUCAAUUAACUGCUAACAACUCCCACAGACCAGAAAUAAGCAGAAAUGCCAGGCCCGGGGUCAACAACCAGAAAGUGUAUCGCCUGCCACACAGUUCUCAAUGUGGCCUGCAAAACCUGCAAGGCAUGCAAGGCUGGACCCCACAAGGUACUGCAGAAGUGCAACUGGAGGCCUCAGUUGGACCACCUGCGGCCUCAGUCGAACUCCCGAAGGCCUCAGUCGGACCACCUGCGGCCUCAGUCGGACCACUUGCGGCCUCAGUCGGACUCCCGAAGGCCUCAGUCGGACCACCUGCGGCCUCAGUCGGACUCCCGAAGGCCCUGACUGGACCACCUGCGGCCUCAGUCGGACUCCCGAAGGCCCUGACUGGACCACCAGCGGCCUCAGUCGGACUCCCGAAGGCCCUGAUUGGACCACCAGCGGCCUCAGUCGGACUCCCGAAGGCCCUGACUGGACCACCUGCGGCCUCAGUCGGACUCCCGAAGGCCCUGACUGGACCACCAGCGGCCUCAGUCGGACUCCCGAAGGCCCUGAUUGGACCACCAGCGGCCUCAGUCGGACUCCCGAAGGCCCUGACUGGACCACCUGCGGCCUCAGUCGGACUCCCGAAGGCCCUGACUGGACCACCAGCGGCCUCAGCUGGACUCCCGAAGGCCUCAGUCGGACCACCGGACACCAUGACUGGACCCCCAGCGGGUAAUAUCAGAUAA